CUCUUACUUUCCCUCUCUCUCUCUCUCUCUCUCUCUCUCUCUCUUUAUCUUUCACUCUCACGUCCCAUUUUUUAUUUCUCUUCGUUGGUGGGUGUCACUCAUCGAUUCGUACCGAGAGUGUAGUUCGCUCUCUCACCAGGGACGGUCGAUGAAAGAGAAUGAAGGGAAUCAGUGACAAGAGGAAAGAGGAUGACGCUCAUAGGACAUUUGUACAAAACGAACGCCCUUCAUUCGGACGAUUUCGCUCUUUAAACAGCUGUUCGAGCAUGGGUGUCCGACGAUCAGGCUCCGGCGGGAGUCGAGGGAACGCAGGGAUAUUGAAGGAAAGGGCAAACAUGUCCUUCAUGCUGGUAGUCAUGUUCUUCGCCGUUUUCGGUUUGAUCGUUCUCACAGAAAUAUUCCUGAUCGACGAAAGACGCGGUGUAAAUCUGAGCGGUACAGGUGCAUUAGGUGGUCACAGAAAUGGACAUCGUUUGCCGGCGGCACCAGAUCGUCCAGAUUACGGAGAAAUCGGAGCUGAAGACUAUGUCGGCUUAAAGGGUACCUUCGACGAUCAUAUCGGUUUAUUGGUUCACGGUGAGGAAGGCGGACAGAAGGCAGCGAUUCACGCAGAUCCGAGGAUCCUACCAAGCUUACCGCCUAGUUUGGAAGCUCGUUUACCGCAAUUAGACCAAAGCUUGAGGGUUACGCAUGCCGAAUGGUUACCAGUUACCAAUACCAGAUUUAAAUUCUUCGUUUAUUCGGCAUAUUACGAUGAUAGAGUAGCUGGUAACAGUGCAUCUGGAAACGUUAAUAAGGGAAUAGUACGAGUAAUAAGUGCAACGAAAACUCGAGGUCCGGAACGAGUAUGGUGCAGACUUUGGUAUCGUCAACAAAACAGUGGAAAUGUAACAGCCUCGGUAACGGUUGCUGCUAAAGUGAAGGUGAUCAGAGAAAAUUGGAAUUUGAAAUAUAGCGCCUGCUUCGUUAUCUGCCCUUUACCAAAGGAAUCGAUCAUGGCUGACAGUAUACCGGAAGCCGUUAGCGUCGUAGCUAGAUUAAGAGCGUCUCCAACCAAUCGAAUCCUCGUUUUGAAUCGACCUGAGGAUAGGUUGAAGGACAGAGAACCAUUAGCAGUAUGCGUGAAACCUUUGCAUUACGAUUAUAAUCGGGUAUUGCAAUUGGUAGAAUUUAUCGAGCUCUACAGAUUACUUGGUGCAACUCACGUUACUCUUUAUAACGAUACCGUUGGUUCCGAAGCUGAUUGUGCCCUCAAGUAUUACGAGAAUAAAGGUCUGGUAACUAUAUUACCUUGGCACCGUUUGGACAUGAUUUCUCAGCGAGAAAUACGAACGGAAGGACUUUUCGCGGCUUUGAACGAUUGUCUUUAUCGGUCCAUGUAUAAGUAUGAAUACGUAGCGCUUGUCGAUCUCGAUGAGUUCAUCAUACCACGUCACAAUGACACCAUAGUCGAUCUUAUAAGAUGGAUGAGCAGUCGUAUAAAUACCAAAUCAACGGGAGCAUAUUCCUUCCAAAAUGCAUUUUUUUAUUUACAAUGGGCGGAUGAUCCGUUCGUAGUUAUGAGCAGGACACCAACCGAAGCUGGGUUGAUCACGUUAAGAAAAACUAGACGAAGAAGUAAGUUACAUCCGCACAAGCAACGAUCGAAAUAUGUUUGCAAGCCUCAGGGAGUCGUUGAAGCUGGCAAUCAUUUCGUUUGGGAAUUCAUACCUGGACAUGGUACAUUGAACAUGCCUUUGGACGCUGCUAUAUUACAUCAUUAUCGAGUAUGCGAGUUUGGUGGGGAUGAUUGCAUAAAAACACCUUCGGUGGUUGACAGAACGGCCUACAAAUACAGGGAUAGGCUAGCAAAUAAUGCCGAUAGAACUUGGAUGGAGCUUAGUAAUGAAUGUACCUUGCCCGAAUUGGAUCCCGUGCCAAUAAUGACGCCACGAAUAAAAACUAGCCCACUGGGGAAGUCAGUUAGGUAGCGAAAGACUAUCGUUGAAGUCCCAUGGGACAUUAGGAAUUUUACCGGCACGCCGAGGGUCGCCAGGACCUAUUUUUACAAUUAUGGUAACCCUUGAUCGAUCGAUUAACAAAGUCGACGAAUCUUUCGUGGGAGAGAUGUCUGAUCAGAUUUCAUCAGGGUAAUCGUAAAUACACGUUUUUACUCUGUUGGUUUACAUACAUACGUCCGGAAGCUCAAAAUUCAUUCUUCCGUGUUGGAUUCACGUUCGAAGAAUUCAUUAAAUAUAUCCAUGAUAAUACUGAUCGGAGUUAUUGGGUUGGAGAUAACCGAGAAUGUUAUCGCCAGAUCGACGUUGCCUUCGUUGAUCGAGGUCCGAUCGAAGAAUUCGAAUUCGUUCGUUUCGCGAGAUUAAACAUACAGGGGUGUUCAUCCGGUAAAAAGUGGAUCAACAAUAUUUUUCUACGUGGACUCAAAAAAACCGGGUCACCCCAUAUGUCGUCUCGCGUUUAUUUUAUUAUCUAACGUUUGAUUAUUUGUUCUUGAAGCUUUUUUUUCAUCGUUUUUUUUUUAUUUCCUUACAUCUCUAUGCGCGCUUUCGGAACGUUUUAUCGAGUUUACACCGGCGGCAAUCAGGAUUCUACUUUUUUUUCUUUCUUACUUUCUUUCUUUUUUUCUUUUUUCUUUACUUUUAUGGAUCCAAUACUUUCUGUCUAUCGUUUUGAAAUUAUUAUUAGCAAGCAAACGAAGAUUUACUCGAUAGACUGCAUUGAAAGUUAAACAUGUCAUCGCUUAACCAAACUGCAUUCAAAUAACACUUUCAGCCUCUCUAAAUGUUGCACAAUAAAUACAGUAAAUAUAUUCAAAGUUAGAAAAAGUAUCGAUAAUAGUACAUAAAAUGUUCUCGAACGAGUCGGUUUUUAUUUUCACUGUAUUUCUAUCUCUACGUUAGAUAGAAAGUAUGAUGAUCCAAAAUAUGCGAUAGUAAAUGUCAAUAAUAAUCUGCUGCCUAUUAGGCCUUUAACAUAUAUCGUACAGCUAAUAUUAUUUUUUCGUUGGACAUACAAGCUAUACUAUUAAUUAAUUUAAAUAUCCAUGAGAUUAAUUAUUUCAACAAAUGCUGCCAUUUAAGAUUAUUAUCGCAGAACAUUACUCGAUUACUGUUAACUAUUUGCUGAUGUUGUUGCUGCUGAUAAUGAAUUAUAUCGUUGUAGAGAGAAAAAUAUCUCCUUUAACAGAAGACUGUUAAUUCGCUAGUCAUGGCCUAAUUUUUUCGGUCUAAGGUCUUUUAACCACAUUGGCAAUAAACCAAUACACCAGCUCAACAUUUUCAAGGUCCUUUUCUCGUUUCGAUAAUUAUCAAUUAUUCCUUUGAUUUGAUCAUGAACAAAAAAAAAAAAAAAAAAAGGAAAAAAUAUUUCAAAUGUACUUCGAAAUUUUUUUUUUAUCAUCUCAUUUGAUCGUUUCAUUGUGAUCAAUUUUAUACCAUAAUGACAAACGUUGAAAGAUUACCGUGAAUAUAGAUCAUGAAGAUUAUAAGUUUCGCUCGUUUCUUUGGUCAGAAUAUCCUGUUCUGUCAUUCUUUCUUUUUUUUUUUAUUUUUUUUUAUUUUUUUUUUUUAUUUUUUCUAACGAGCGCACUCAAAAUCCGCACAACGUGUUUAAACGAACUCCCUAUGCAUAUCCAUAGGAACAAUAUCUGACGUAGACGUAGUUAAUGUAUGUACAAUGUGUACUUAGAAAUUCUUAAUAUUAAAGACCCAAUAGGAGAGUAUUAUAGAAAAGAAUAAUAACGAUUUAUCGCUAAUUAUUUAUAUCUCGGCAUUGUUCAUUAUCAAUGAAUGCAUUGCUCGUCGAACGAUCAUAAACGGACAUUAUUAUCAUUACUAUUAUUAUUAUUAUUAUUAUUAUUAUCAAUUUUUUAUUAUUAUUAUUAUUAUUAUUACUAUCAUCAUUAUCAGUAUUAUUAUCAUUGAAAAUCAUGCGAAUUUUUUGCCUAUAUUCUACGCUAUAUGUAAUAUCUAUGGAAUAGGUGUACGAUGGUACUUAUCCUUUUCUAUUUUUUUUCUUUUUUUUUUUCUUUUUAUAAAACACACCAAAUAAAGCUAAAGAAAAUUACCGAUCAGAGUAACGAUUCUGUUGAUACUGUUGAAUCAUCGAGAUUAAAAUUGUUUUCAAUUAAAAAUCUUCGUCGGAAUGAUCGACCUUGCUGACGGAUCGUUUAUCUUGAGCAACCUUGCGAUCAAAAUUUCCUAUGUCCGUUCCUCUCACAGAAUUUAAAAGAUCAUCGUCGUCCUCGUCGUCAUCGUCAUCGAGAUCUCCAUCGAUAAGUAGAUCGCUGUCGCUAUCGAGCGAGCCAGCACUAUCAUUAGAUUCCAAAAUCGUUCCUCGUUGACGACCAGACAUGCUGCCAUAAAUUCGUCGUUGAGACAUUUGUGUUCUCGACGUUUUUUCUGUAUCUGUAAUGAGAUCGUAUUUAAUUAAUUAAAAUUGAUGUACGACGAGGAAUGUGUAAAAAAAAAGAAAAGAAAAAAAAAAAGAAGCAUCGAGAAAAAGAAAAAAAAAAUUUCUCUUCUUUUUUUUUCUUAUAUUCGUUUAACCUGUUUUUGGAUGAGCACCCGGUUGCAUAGUUUUUUCCAUAUUUUGUUUUUCAACAUCGCCAAGAGUCAAUCGAGAUUCUUGAAUUGCUCCAAAUACUAGAUCAUUUCCUUCGAUCAUGCUUUCGAAGCUUACGUCCUCCGAACGCAAUUGUUCCAGCUUCCUUUUAGUUUCCGCUUGUCUAGAACAUUAAGAAAAAUUAAAAUCUCUUUUUUCUUUUUUUUUUUUUUUCUUCCAUCAUCACACUUACCGUUUCUCAAUUCUUUCCUGUUCAGCCUUAGCUGCAUCCUCGUGCAAGUGUUCCAGAUACGAGAGAUAUCGAAAUUUUUGUAAAUAAUCGUCGUAUAAAAUUCUCAAUUCGGCUUCGAGUUUUUCAUAUUCCUCCAUGAAAGCAGGACGAACUUUUCUUAAAGUUUGUAGUCUCUUUUGAUUUCUUUCUAAUUCUGAUCGACGUCUUUCUAUUCUUGUGUCAAGACUUUGUUCUGUAUCCUUUAAAUAGAGAACAAGUAUUUAAAUAUAAAAGAUUAAAUGAAGAAAUAUUGGAAACAAAAAUUUAAUUGUCAUUAACAAUAAUAAUAUAUUGAUUGUAUUUAUUUGUUAAAAACAAUAAUUUAAUAUUAUUACAAAACGUAAAAAUAUAAUAAAAAUGCUAAGAAAAUUUCGCGGCCUUUUUACCUACGCCAUCUUGGAACAAGGUAAUAAUCGAAUCAAAACAUCAACUAAAAUU